CGCGGCCUGCAGCGCCCAGCGCCGGUGGGGGGCGGAACCUCCGGGCUCCCCGCCGCGUUUCCGGCCGGACGCUCGCCGACGGACCCGAGUCGGCCCGGGAUAGACGCGCGCCGGGCGCCCGCGCCGCCAUGAAGUUUCGCGCCAAGAUCGUGGACGCGGCGUGUCUGAACCAUUUCACGCGAGUCAGUAAUAUGAUAGCCAGGCUGGCCAAAACCUGCACCCUGCGCAUCAGCCCGGAGAAGCUCAACUUCAUCCUGUGCGACAGGCUGGCCAGUGGGGGCGUGAGCAUGUGGAGUGAGCUCGAGCAGGAGAACUUCUUCAGUGAAUUUCAGAUGGAGGGUGUGUCUGCGGAGAACAAUGUGAUUUAUGUAGAACUAGCGUCAGAAAACUUAUCUCGAGCUUUGAAGACCGCCCAGAAUGCCAGGACCUUGAAAAUCAAGCUGACGAAUAAGAACUUCCCCUGCCUUACAGUGUCUGUGGAGCUGCUGUCUGUGUCAAGCAGUAGUCGCAUCGUGACCCAUGAUAUCCCCAUCAAGGUCAUUCCUCGAAGACUCUGGAAGGACUUACAGGAGCCCUCAGUCCCAGAUGCUGAUGUGAGCAUUUAUUUGCCAGCCCUGAAGACGAUGAAGAGUGUUGUGGAGAAAAUGAAGAACAUCAGCAAUCACCUUGUUAUGGAAGCAAACCUAAGUGGAGACCUCAACUUGAAAAUAGAAACUGAACUAGUGUGCGUUACAACGCACUUCAGAGAUCUUGGAAAUCCUCCGUUAGCCUCUGGUGACACUCCGUGGGACAGAGACCCGGCAGAGAUGGCCGAGGUGUGCGUGGACAUCCGGAAGCUCCUGCAGCUCCUCGCUGGGCAGCAGGUGAACCCCACAAAGGCCUUGUGCAGUCUUGUGGCCGGCAGGAUGCUGCACCUCCAUCUGCUCUACGAGGACGUCUCCCUGCAGUACUUCAUCCCUGCGCGGUCCUAGCAGCGCGGUCCCGGGCCGGCGCCCUCCACAGUGACAGCCGCGGGGCAGCCUGUGCUGAGGCUGGGUCUCCCCGGCUCUGGCUCUGUCGUCCUCCGGGCACAGCGCUGCGUUCAGUUCUGCUCUGCAGGAUCUGCGUGCCACGGGUGGAUAAACAGAUAGCUUCAUGCUCCUCAUUUCUCCGUUUUUUAACCCCCUUUUGUUUGGUUUUUGGUUUUAAGACAUUGAGAAGAAAAGCCACAAUUUCACUUGCUUACUUAGUUUUCUGUACUGCGAAGGCCUCGGGGCCUACAGGUGCUGAGCGUGUGCAGGGCGGGCUGAGGCAGUGUCCUGGUGCCUCCUCUGCUUUCCCUUCUGCCUGUCCCUCCUGGGCCCUCAGGACUCGGUGACUCCUGUCUGACCUCUGACAGCCUGAGGCUGAGCCCCCCUCACGUGCACAGCCUCGGGGCAGUUCCCGUCUAUAGCUCCUCCUUACUCCUGGUGGCCGCCUUGGCUGGUAGGUCAGCGUGUGCUUGCAGCAGAGCUGGACUGGAGCCCGGGGCGCACAGCCUGCAGUAGGAAGGAGCCUUUGCAUGCAGCGGAGCCGCUGUGCAGCUGCCGGCCACUCCUGCCUGCCAGCCACCCUCCCUGCUGUUGCAGUGCAG